AUGUUGCGCUACCAGAGCGAGGCGCCUGUUCUGUACCCUCGAAUGGACCUCCCUGGGCCUAUUCGAAUCUUGGAAGACGACGUCAGCCAUGUCGCCAAGCAAAGGGAGCUGGCGGCAGAUAUGUCCAAGUCCAUUUAUUACAUCACUCCCAAGUACGCGGUGAAAGAUGUUGAGAGGUACUCUGACGGCGUUCACUCAGGUGGCUAUCGAGGACAAUCGCUUGCCAGCCAGUUGUCCGCCGGGAUGAAGCGGCAUCUUCCGCCAGAACUUACGGACAGACCAGCGAUAGGAACGACGGCUGCCGGCGGAAAGUUGCCGGGCCUCAAGCCAUUGCCAGCAUUCGACGGCAAGUCGCUCACAGCUUUGGAAGACAAGGAAAGAAAAAGCGCCGAAACGGGGGGGGCGGAAAAGGAGAAGGACAAAGAGGAUGCGGGCAUGUUGAGCGAUGUCGAGGCCGAAGUAGAAGAGGAAGAGCAGGACGACGACUAUGCUGUUGAUCACUACGAAAGUGGGAACGAGAGCGGAGGAGACGACGAACCGGCGGCGGUGUUUUAGGAAUUUGAACUGUUGAGAAAAAUGCGCCGGUUACCAGAACGAACUUAAUCUUUGGUAUUUUGUUCAGCUGCUGACCCUGCAUUUUGAGUCCAUCGCUCCUUUCUCGUGCGCGUGAGGGGAUACUGUGCUCGGGUGGAAAAUAGUCGUUAGGGUGGUUGGCCCUAACUCUGAAAAUAGUAGUUAGGGUGUGUAUUGGCCCUAACUCUGCUC